AUGGGUUGUAUAGGAAUGUGUUGGCAAAUUAAAAAAUAAGGCAUGAGUAAAAUAAUUACUUUGGAAAGAAAAUAGGCAUAGCUUAAUCGAGAAAAAAUGAAAGAAAUAAAAGGCAACGGAGUUAAAAAAGAACUUGAUAUUUUAUGCAGUAACAUCUACAAAAAAUUCUUAAAGAUAUAAUAUAUGAGUUGA